CGCAAAAAACAUCGAAAUGUGUUUUUGAAUGGAAAAGUACUGAUGAAAAAUUAUCAAUAAUUUGUGUGUUGUUAUGUUGGUUAUACUUUUGUUGAAGAAAGUUUUGAAUUUCGUGUAAAAAAUACUGCGAUGAAAUGUAUUAUUAGUAUAAAAAUGAUCGAUUCAUCAUCGGAAUAUAGAAAAUCAACGAGAGGACGAUACUAUACAACUGAAAGUACUCUACAAACGGAUGAACCUGAAAGAGCUUCGAGAACUGGGCACAUUUGUCAUCUGGGUGGUCGGAGGUCCGGGUAUUGGUAAAACAACUCUGUGCUCACGACUGGCUCGAGAUUUCUCAUUGGUUCACAUAUCAAUCAGCGAACUACUCCACGAUUUGAUAUCAGAUAACCCGGUAGAGGGUUACGAUGAAAUUUCAACCAUGAAAAAAGGUCAAAUCGUCCCAGCCGAGUUCAUCUUAUUCGUACUUAAGCAAGAAAUGGCGAAAAACAUGGCGCAAAAACCGAAAGGUUUUUUAUUGGAUGGUUUCCCAAUGGACCUAGCCCAAGGAACGAGAUUCGAGAACGAGGUAGCUCCGGUAGAUUGUAUCCUUUAUUUACUAGCCGACAACGAUACGUUAAUAGAAAGAAUCUUCUAUCGUUCCAAACUCACCAAAGGAAGCGCACUAGAAGACCCGAAAAUCGUUUACGCCAAACUGAAAUCCUUUCGAGAUUUCGAAAAGCCAUUCAACGAAUAUUAUGUGACGCAAAUUCGAGACAUUAACGCGAUCGGUGAACCGAUAGCUGUUUACAGAAAAUGCGCCAUGAUAAUUAACGACGUCAUAAUUAAACAUUACGCUUUGAAGGUGUUAAUUCAUAACAACGCGAUAAAUUGAUUAUUUAUAAGCCUACAAAUCUUUACGGAUCUUGAAAUAAAUCGAUUACUUAACCGACUAAUUGAA